AUGAUUUUCAGUGAUUUUGAAAAAAAUUUUGAUCCAUAUAAAAUAAUUGAUGAAACAUAUAUUGUACGUAGUGUUGGUACACAAUUCUAUUCAUAUGGUAUACAUUUUUAUCGGCCAGAAUUUUUACAACCAAAUUAUCAUCGUCAUUGGUUUUAUAAUCCUGGCUGUAUAUUUUUUGUUAAUUUUGUUUAUAUUCUACGCAGUAUAAUUGCAUUAUUUAUAUCACCAAAAUUGCAAGAAAAUCGUCAAUAUUUUAUCUAUUUAGGCGAUUGGCCAUGGUGUAUGGGUGCAAAGACACAUAUUAAUAUUGCAGCAAUAUUCUAUACAAUGAUGGGUACAAGCAUUCUUAUACUAUGUUCAAUACAUUAUUAUCGUGGUAAUCAACCAAUAUUUUUACAUGCAUUAGAUUUUUUGGCUGGACGUUGUCCACCAUCAAAUGCACGUUUAUAUGAUGCAAAAUUAGUUGCAAAAUUAUUAACCAAAUCAAGUUUUUGCAUACAUUUUUGUCAAUUGAAUACGGUUACUGUUGGUAUUGUAUCGUUUAUAUUAAGUGCAUGGCCAUUAUGGUUUAAAUGUUCAAAAUGGGAAUUUAUACUGUAUGGUUUACCAUGGUCAGCAUUUUUCGGCGUAUCAUCAUCCUAUACAUACAGUGCUUAUUCAUGGAAUUUAAUUUAUUUUUAUCUAAUUUGUUCAUAUUUACGUUAUCGUAUCCGGGAAAUUAAUGAUCUUGUUACGAAAUGGACAAAUUUAAUUACAAAUCAAUCAAUCAAACGCAAUCAUCAACCACCAAAUAGACAAAGAAAAUCAAUAACAUUAGUACAUAUUGAUUUUAUUCGUAAACAAUUUGAUAAUAUUGGUCAUGAUAUUGAACAAUAUAGUUCAAAAUAUUUUGAUAAAAUAUUAUUCUUUCUUAUUGCAUUGGUUGCUAUAUUUAUAAAUGUUGUCCUUUAUACAUCAAUAUUUAUGCCAAUCGAUCUGACUGUCCGGUUAUCAUUAUUAUAUUCAGUUGUAUUGGCUAUUAUUGUUAUAUUUUUCUUAUUAAAUACUGCAUCAUCCGUUUAUGAAGAAUCAUUAAAAUCAUUAAAAAUUUUAAAUAAAUUUAAUAUAUCACUACUGGGACGAUUGAAUGGUUAUUGUGCAUAUGAUUUAAUGUUGGCUAUUGAAAAUCAAUCAAAAAAACGUAUGGGUUUCUAUUUUUUCAAUCUAUUC